AUUCUUUUAUUAAUUUUUACAUUUUGAUAGAUAAAUAAAAACCCUUUCAUCUCUCUCUAUUCUCUAACUCAAACUCUUCCUCUUCCUCUGUAAUCCAAUCUGUAUUGAUUGUAUUGGUAGAGUAGACCAGAUUGAAUCAUUGAUUUCAUUACCAUAUUUGCUGUAUUUCACUAACUUUUCUUCUUUCUUUUCUUUUCUUCCAAUGAAAAGAGACUAUUACAUCAUCAAAUAACCAGAAAAAUAAAAAUAAAAUAAAAACUCAACCUUUGCUUUGCUUGCGGCGCUUCAUCUCCAUCUCCUUAGAUCUUAAUCAAUCUUCUUCCAACAUCCACCAUUUUCACUCUCUCAUGUGACUCCACCAAUCCAGGGUCUUCUUCUUCUCUUCCAACUUUUUUUUAGGUAGUGAUGGGGAAGAAAGUUAAGAAGAAGAGUAGAAUUCCUCAAAAGGAGAAGAAAGUUACAACUAAUUCUCAAUCAAUUGAUCAAAGUGCUGAGAAUGUAGAUAGUGCAACUAUAGUAGUGAGAAAAACCAAACCUUGUACUCAUCUUGAUAAAGGUAUUAAUCUUGAGAAACUUUCUGCUAAAAUUGAGUUAAGAGAACAUGUUAGGUGUGAAGAUUGUAGGGAAGGGGUAGUUGAUCGAAGGGCGAGUAAGGGAAAGGCUAAACAUGGGAAGAAGAAAGGGGGUGGUUCUGUUGAUUCUAAAGCUACUUGGGUUUGUUUGGAAUGUGGGCAUUAUGCUUGUGGAGGUGUUGGAUUGCCAACUAAUCCUCAAUGUCAUGCGCUUAGACAUACCCGACAGACUCGUCAUCCAUUGGUUAUUCAGUUUGAGAAACCUCAGAUGAGAUGGUGUUUCCCGUGUAACACGCUUGUAACUGUUGAAAAGAGUGAGGAAAAUGGUGAUGAAGAACAAAAGGAUGUGUUUUCUGAUGUUGUGAAAUUGAUUAAAGGGCAUACAACAGAGGAGGGUGAAGAUGUAAAUGUUGAGAAUUCAUGGUUAGGGACUGGUAGUGUUAUAGCUGAAAUCAAAUCUAGUGUUGUGUCGGGUGAUUUAGAUGGACAAGGCGGUUAUGUUGUAAGAGGUUUAGUUAAUCUUGGAAAUACUUGUUUCUUUAAUUCGGUUUUACAAAACCUUAUUGCUAUGGAUAAGUUGCGGGAUUUCUUUUUCAAGUUGGAUGUAUCUGUUGGACCUCUCACUAUGGCUCUGAAGAAGAUCUAUAACGAAACAAAACCAGAGGCAGGCUUCAAAAAUGUGAUAAAUCCUAGAGCUUUUUUCGGGUGUGUUUGUACCAAGGCUCCUCAAUUUAAGGGGUUUCAACAACACGAUAGUCAUGAGUUGCUUCGUUGCUUACUAGAUGGACUAUCUUCAGAGGAGUUGGGGUUGAGAAAGCAAAGUAAUUCUUCCAAGGAAAAUGAAAAUGGCCCGAGUCCUACUUUCGUGGAUGCUGUAUUUGGAGGUCAAGUAUCGAGUACUGUUUGCUGUACUGAAUGUGGACAUUCUUCAACUGUAUACGAGCCAUUUUUAGAUCUCUCACUGCCUGUGCCAACUAAGAAGCCCACAGGCAAGAAGGCCAAGGCUCAGCAGUCUUCCCGUGCAAAGAAAGCUAAAUUGCCUCCGAAGAGAGCUGGAAAGCCCCGGCCAAAAGUUAAUAAAGAUUUGAUUUCAGCUGUUUCAACUAGCAAUGAAAUUUCUUCUUGCCAGCCACAAAUUGGCUCGGUUGGCCCUACUUCGUUGGCUGAAGAAAACAGUUCGGUUGUACAGGAUUCCUCAGUCAUUGAGGAAAGUGAAAAUAAACAAGUGGUUGAGGAUGUAGCUGAGAAAACAUCAGCUCCAAUGGAUAUUUCUUCAUGGUUGGAUUACCUUGAGCCAGAAGCUCCAUUGGAUGACUAUAAUUUGACUUCAUAUGAUAUUGCAGCACAAACUCAUCAUGAUUUAGAAAACAAAGAUACAUUUAUAGAGGCCGAACAACGACAGAAUGAUUUUGAAUCUAGUCUACCGAUUCUACCACCUAGUGGGGAGCCAGUUGCAACAGUCCAGUUUUCUAAUGUCAAUCCUUGGGAGGAUGAAGUCCCUUUACAAGUUCAAAGUUCUGAGGUUUUAUUGCUUCCUUAUAAAGAGGAGGACUCUACUGCUGUGGAGUUUGAAGUAGGGGAGGUUUCUUCGUCAGCUUGUGCGGUUGUUCAGGAAGAUUUUGAAGGCUUCGGUGGCUUAUUUGACGAGCCUGAAGUAACUACAGGGCCUAUGAUUGGUCCAUCUCUUAAGAAUGAUGUCACGAAAAGUAACAGCAGCGAGUCUGAUCCCGAUGAAGUUGAUGAUUCGAAUUCCCCAGUUUCUGUUGAGACUUGUUUGUCUCAUUACACAAAGCCAGAGCUUCUCUCCAAUGAAAAUGCUUGGCAUUGUGAAAACUGUUCCAAAGCUCUUAUACGCCAAAAAUUGGAUGCUGGUAAGCAGUUAAAAUCUGCUCCCGAAGCUGUGGUAAAUGGAUGUGAAACAACAUUCCAAAGUGAUCCCGAGCAUACCAAUAUCGAAUGUGUUUCUAAUUUGAACAAUGUGGAUUCAAAAAUCGACUGCUCUAGUCAAAAUCACAUAAAAAAGGAGAAUGGUCAUGCAGAUGAGUUGCCUUCUUUAGUUCCUCAAACGGGAGAAGGAAAUGUUGCGAUGAAAAAUGCACAAGAGCAAUCGGAUUCUUCAGGCUCCUCCUAUCACACUUGCAAGCAAGAAAGCUUAAUUGGUCAAGCAAUAGAUCCAUGCUGUGUUGAUGGAGCUAGUAGUGCUGGUUCUAUCGGUGAUAAAGUUCAGCAGGGCGAGUCUAAGGUAUCAGCCCCGAACCUUGACACCGAGGAAAAUGAUGAUGAUGAGGAAAUAAAUUCUAAAUUGGUAAAGGUCAAGAGGGAUGCUACCAAAAGGGUCCUUAUCAACAAAGUUCCACCUAUUUUGACGAUUCAUCUUAAGAGGUUCAGCCAAGAUGCACGGGGUCGGUUAAGCAAAUUGAAUGGCCAUGUUACUUUCAAAGAAAUUAUUGAUCUUAAACCAUACAUGGAUGCAAGUUGCACAGAUGAAGGAAGUUACGAUUUUCGCCUCAUUGGGGUUGUGGAACACCAAGGAAGCAUGAGAGGUGGUCACUACAUUGCAUAUGUGAGAGGCAAUGAAAAUAGCAGCAAAGGGAAGAAUGAAAAUGGCGAUUCGGUGUGGUUUCAUGCUAGUGAUGCUUAUGUGCGCCAAACAUCCUUAGAUGAGGUUCUUCGCUCAGAAGCCUAUAUCUUAUUCUACGAAAGACUUUAAGUAGCGAAUCCAUUUUUCGCCCUUGAUGUUUUUUGUGUUCAAUAGAUACAUAGUUUCAAAUUCAUGGAACAUUUCUUCGAGUCGAGACAGACUGAGGAGGAGGAGGAGGAGGAGGAGGUGAGUGUAUAACAAAUACCUUACUACAUUUUUAUACCAUUCUUUAACAUUUGAUGAUUUUAAAGAUGAUGUAUACCCUUAAAAUUCGAUAAUCAGAAAAAUGGGGUUUCGUUUUUGAGUUCCAUUUCAACCUUUUCGACAUAUGUUGAGGUUUUUCGCCUCUUGGUUUGGACCGAAAUUUAUCUUUUUCUUACAUUUUAGUAAGAAUUUUUUUGACACUAAUUGAAGAAGUGUUGGGGAGUUAUAUCA